GCCGGAGACGGCUUCCUCCCUGCAGUUCCUGAUGUUGUUCCCUGCUGCUCCCUCCCCUUUUCCCGGCUCCUCCUCUGUCCGACCUCUCGGCUCUCACAGCGAUCUUUCUAAAGUUUCCGUGCCAAGGCUUCCUGAAGCUUCUGCUUUUAUAAGCGGGACUGGGCCGAUGGAGGCAGAGAUGAAGUAGAAUAUGAGUUUAAAAAGGACAUGGUGCUGAUGGCCGAGCAGGCGGACAGACCUCUGACCCCGUUAUCUUCACCGGAGCAACUUUCCAGCAGGGACUCCCGAGGGAACCGGCCCGCGUGUGAGGCGGAGAAUGGAGGUGAGAGGAGACAGAGGAGGUCCGGACGGUCACCUGCAGACCUCCACCUGUGUCUGGACGCAGAGUCGGAGCCGUCAGAGAGCAGGAAGAAACCAGCCAGCAUGAGGUUGAAACCUGUGGAGCAGCUUUCACCGAUGCUGAGUCCCAGUGACUGUGAAACAAAGUUUGAAAGGAAGAAAUCCCAGCCCAGCCACUUAUCAAAGACGAACGCUCAGUAUCACAAGUUGUUCAAGGAGGUCAGCAAAGAUGAGAUACUCAAACAGAGUUACACUUGUGCCCUGCAGAGAGACAUUUUGUAUCAGGGCAAAAUGUUCGUCUCUGAUAACUGGAUCUGUUUCCACUCCAAAGUCUUCGGCAGAGAUACCAAGAUUUCAAUCCCUGUCAUGACUGUGACAUUUAUCAAAAAAACUAAAACUGCACUACUGGUGCCGAAUGCUCUCGUGAUUGAAACAGCAAGUUAUCAGCAUGUCUUCGUGUCCUUCCUGUCUCGAAACACCACCUACAAACUGCUGAAGUCCAUCUGCAUUCAUUUGGAGGUGGAUAAAACUUGUAACAGCCCCGUCACUUCCUCCUGUGAAAACAGCUUCAGAGCAAAAUGCCCAUCGUCUCUUCCUCUGGACUUUUCCAGAGACUUCUCCGACCUCGAUGGGGUCGUGCAACAAAGACGGCAGGAGAUGAUGGAGAGCAGCAGCUCCGGGUCUCAAACUCCAGAUUAUGACAAAAUAACUGACUUCACCGGCCUGCCAGACACAUUUCUGAGUGCAGUGAAGAGCGGAGAGGUUUCAGUCCAUGCAGACAUUCACCUCCAGACUCCGAGUCCAAAACACGGAGCUGUCCUUAAAAACGGCUCUGCUAAACCAACCCGGAGAGACAUUCUCAAAGACAAAUCCUCCCAGCCGAUGUCUUUACAUGCCAUCCUCCUUAUCUACCUGUUUUUAGUUAGUGUUCUCGUCCUGUCCUCCUGUUACAUGGCUUUCAAGAUAGUGGCUCUCGAGCAUCGUCUGAACUCGUUGGUGUCCAUGGGGGAACACAUUCAUAAUGAGAAUGCUGUGAGCCCCAAGUCCCAGAGUGAAAUAAAUGCCGAGAUUUAUGGAGAACUGUCAACCAACUUGUUCAAGCUAGAAAAGAUUCAAAGAAAUCUCCGGAAGCUACUUGAAGAGACUUGAGAAGAAGACUGUCGUCUGUCGGCCUGUCCGGACAGAAGCUGGACCUGUCGUUAGAACUGAACACUGAAGAGCAGCAGUGAUCAGAUUUGGAAACGGAUCUGUUGCCAAAGUGUGGACAGCUCAGACAGAAAGCUUUCUGGAAGUUAUGGUGAACUUUAACCCAAAUUGUGCAAUAUCGGCUUCUUUGCUCUUUCCACUCAGGACUCUUUCUGAAAAAAAUGUUAAAACUGAAGCAGCGUGUUAGUGUUAGAAGUUAUUAGGAGCUUGUGUGAAGUAUUUAUCUCUUAUUAUGCAUUUCACAAUAGUGGGAUUUUUUUCAAGUCCAGAGGUCUUAUUUCAGUGUUUUCCAAACAUUUCUUAAAAGGUCAACUUGUGCUGUUCAAGUGUUUCAUUGUGAGAAUUAAAUUGCCAAUGAAUUAUAUUUAUGAGAUGUAUUUAAAUCACUCAGCUGGGGAUGCUUCCAUCAUAUGUUUUGAUGACAUUUAUUGGCGACUUCUUCUCACACUGUGUGGUAUUUAAAGAAAAUGAGAGCAAGUCAACUGAGUUUUAAAAGUUUUUUUAUUGUAAAUCUGUCCCAAUCUUUAAUUCUAACCAUGUACAUCACAGGUUUAUUGAGGAGCUUCUCAGCUGAGCGUAAUUUAAAAAUAUGUCCUGUUUUAAACAUUUGCUGACGUUGAGUCGUUUGAUGUGUGUUAGAAGAGCAGUCAGUCAUUUCAGGAGUGAGUGUGUGCUGAAGCCUUUGUUUACAUUUAGAUCACAGACUGUGCCUUCAAGUGCUGUGUCUGUCACAGUCCCCAAAUAAAUUCCUCUUCUCCUGCAGA